AUGCGUCGGGUAUGGAUUUAUCUGUUUUCUGCACUUUGUGUUCUCGUCUUGCUAGGUGUAUAUCAGGUGGAGGGAAUGGAGGUGCUUGUAUCAAAAGAGAUUGAGGCAGUCAACGGAACAGAAGUACAGCUCAAAUGUACAUUUAAAUCCACCCAUCCACUGUCUGAAGACAGAAUCUCUAUAUCCUGGAGUUUUCGGCCCCUCGGAAAGGCAACAGAAGAGUCGUUUUUUCACUACCAGGGAAUAGCAUAUCCCCCAUCAAGUGGCCUGGUUAAGGGUCAUGCAGUAUGGUCUGGUGAUGUAAUGAACGGUGACGCCUCCAUCACACUACAGGAUGUGCAGUUCAGCUUAAACGGAACCUACAGCUGCCAAGUACGAAAUCCACCCGACAUACAGGGCUAUGUUGGCAAAAUCAAACUCAGAGUCGUCCAAAAAGUGUCGUUCUCUGAAAUUGGAAUUCUGACUAUAGCUGUGGGUGGAUCUAUCGGCGUCAUUUUCCUCAUCCUCCUCAUCUACAUCAUUGUGCGGUCAUACCGAAGAUGGGACACUGACAUGGACACUGAGAUGCAAGAAGACAGAUUUAAGGAUCGGGGAAACAGAGCGUCACCAAAACUAGAUCUUGUACCCUCUCUUGAUGGUUUGGAGUACCCAAAUAUCUGGAACAUUUAUUUCACAGCUGUACAGGCAUAUCUGGGAACAAGCAAUGGUGACCUCCCAGAGACUGCUAUGCGGGGUCUUCCCAGGGUCCAGAACCCCUGGGAGUACGUUUUUGCAGUGGAGCCCCCCCUAACUGAAGAAUGA